CUCGGCCGGGCCAAUGGGCGCCUCGGAAGCGUGUUCUGUUUGUUACAAGUUUCACACAGCUCGAAGGCAGCGAGAAGGGAGCGUGGAAGACAGAAAAAGGAGCCGGGCCGGGUGCGCGAGGGAGGAAGAGCGCGUGUGCCCAGGAGGAGCGAUGCUGGCCAGGGGCUGCCGGCGACGGGGAAGCGAGUGAGCAGCAUGGCACGUUAGACCCGCUGCCAUGAGCGGAGCCCCGGGCCUCUGCUGGGAGAGCUCGCUCAUCUCUUCCUUGCUGCUGCUCCCCUUUUGCCUCUCUUGCUGAGCUCCGCUAUAGCGGCUCCUUUACCUCGGCUGCCUCCGCAGCCUGCGAAGCAAAUGAAAGGAUUUGCUGUGUAAUAUCUAUACGUGUUGGAAGAAAAGGAAGGGGGGGGGACAACAACCAAAGACCGUGCGUGGCAGUAUUUUUCAUCAGCAAAACCCAGACCCAUCCAGGCUGUUGUCUGGAAGGAAAGGGGCGCAAGAUCGAAUUUCUCUCUGCAGAUCCUGCCCUCUCCAAGCUACAAGUUGUGUGUACCUGAAGUUGCUGAAUGCAAGCUAUUCUGAGUGCCUCCAAGCGUGGCGGCGGCGGCGGCAGCCGAUCUAGAUGUGCGUGGGUGCUUAACUCUUUCCAGGCUCUCUGGAUUUGUACCAUGCUCAAGAUCCUCACGAAGAAGCUCAGGAAUCAGAGUUUGAAUGAGAUCCAGCCCUUCCAGUUAAAGAUAUCCUAUCCCCCGAGUGAUGAGGAAGACAGUGAUGACUCUGAGGGAGAGAACCAGGAACUUGCUCAGAUUGACAAAGUGCUCAGCUCACUUUCUUCUACCUCUGCAAAGCUCUGCUCUGAAGAGAGAAGACGGAAUUGCACCUUGACCCCCCUGGCAACCAAUCAGCUGCAGAACCAAGAAAACCAGUGCUGCAAAGUACGAGCCCAUUUUCCCCCUGGGCUGGACCGCCACAGCUCUGAAGAGGAGCUGGAACGUAUUAGCUGUGAAUUUGCUGCCGAGAAGCGAAAGUGGUCCCAGGUCAACAGGCUCUCCUGCUGCGGCGACAGCUGCAAUACCUCCUCCAGCGACGAGGAGGUGAAGAACUUGUGCGGCAUGUCGUUCCGGCCGGUGGUGGAAGCGGCGGACGGCUUGCAUGCCACCCCUAGCCCAGUGCUUUUCAGUGCCUCCCCUCCCAAGAGACUCCAGCCCUUGGUACGGACCCCGACGUCCCGGCCUCUCAUCUUCACGAGCGUCGGAGCCAGCUAUGAGCAAGCGAUGCCUUGUAAGCGGCACCGGCAAGGUUAUGGAGACAAAGUCGGAAGGCCCAGCCUUGACCUGGAAAAAAUGCAGCAGAAGAUGCUGUUUAAGAAGAAUUGUGGCACAAAGACGAGAAUCAUCAAAAUUCGGCACAUCCAUGGGAGCCGACCAUCACCUCACUUUGUGUACGACCCCUCGGCCUUCGCCUUCCGAUCCCUGAGCACCUUGAAGCCUCUGAGCCCGAUAGCUCCAGUUGAAGAACCAUCAUGUGCCUACUGAAGGAGAUAACGCCAAACUCUCAGGAAUCCUCAUUCCCAGCAGGGACUGGGCGUGGGAGGGCAUGUUUUUGUUUGUUUUUUUGUUUUGCAAUAACCACCAAGAUUGUUGGUAACAGGAGAUGGGUGGCUUUUCUCUUGCCUGUUUUUCAUGCCGUCGUAACUUCUGAAGAUUUGCAGAAAGGGAAUGUCUGUGCAUUGAGCAAGCUCAGCUCAUAAGCCAUAGUACAAUUAUCAAGAUGGUGUCUGAUAACGCAGAAAGCUGUUUUUCUUACAAUUAAAAGUUGGCAUCUUGCCCUAAUGAAUGAGCAGUGAUCCAUGUGGUGGAAUGUGAAGAAUAAGCAGGGUUCUAUCAUUUCCCUCCCCAAAUCUAAUGGGAGUUGUUCUCUGUAGCCCAGUGAACCUUGCCAAGGAUUAGAAUGCUCUCUGGUCUCAUUAACUAAAGGUCAAGGUGGAUCUGGCUUAGCUGCCCCUGGAGGGUGGACCAGAUCUUCUUUGUGUAACCACAUUACAAGGCUGGAACAAGAAGCACAUUGAGACACGGCACAAACACACACUUCUAGAGUACAUCCCAAAGGAUUUUCUCAUCUGCCGAGUUCACUAACAUUACAUGUUCUUGCCCUGUGCAGUCUAGAAUAUGCCAUGGAGCCCCAGGAUGUUCUAUGUCUGGCCAGAUGUUAGUCAGAAGGUACUCAGGAAAGAAGAUGGGGCUGGAAGAGGCACAAUUUCCUCUCACUUUGGCUAGAAAACCCCUUAUUGAGCCAUGAGAGCAUCACUUCCUUGGGCGCCGUCCCCAUCUGGCUGGGGAAUAUGUAUGAAAACCAUAAGUGCACGGUUGGGUUCCCAACCAUGUGUCUGGCUCCAUCCAUGUGAUCACACUGCUCACAUCCUGCAGCUGCAUGGGUUAGCACUGCAGGGGAUAGAAUAAUGUGUGCUUGGGUUGCCUUUGAUUUAUAUUCACUGCACUAGUUGAGAUAUAAUAGGCACUGGGAGCAAACAUCGGCUCUCAGCCGGCUGUUCAGUUGACUCUUUGUAGAUCUGAGUGAGGGAGAAAGAGGAAGACAAAAUGUAUUUUACUAACAGCAUCUUUAUGGGGGCCGGAAUGCUGCUUUUACACGACUGCAGUCCCCUCUGCUCCACAUUGAUGAUCUUUCUUCUUGCUUGUCUGCAUUGACGUAAGAGGGGCUAGUUUUUGGUGCUGUUAAAUGGCCCAGAUUUUACAGCAGGGAUGGGGAACCUAUGAUUCUCCAGGUGAUGUUGGACUGCCAUCAGUCCCAGCCAGCAUGGCUAAUGGUUAGGGGGGGAUGGGAGUUGUAGUCCAGCCAAAUCUGGAGGGCCACAGAAUUUGCUGCCUCUAUUUACAGGGUACCCUUCAAAUCAGAUGAAAUCUACAGUGUCUCUUGGGCCUACACUGUUUUCUCUAGUUCUGUGAUUUCAAAGAUGUGUAUUCAGACAUCUGUCUUAUCGGUGUACUAUAAUAAUAAGGUGUACAAUCGAGCAACCAUUUCUGAUGUGUAAUCACCAUUUUUAAUUUUGAAAAACAUAUAUGCAAAACAAUAUUGGGAAAUGUGAGUCUCCCAUAGCAUGAACAACUUCUUUGAAACUUGGGGAGGAAUUAAGUGCUGUGCUGUUCUGAUCAUUCCAUCAGCGCAAGCUUUUCUGCUUGCCAGACAAAAUUGCCCCCUUCACCCCACACACUGUUCUCCUCCUGACCCCCCAGAGCAGAUUUGGGGGAGAGGAGGAGGAGGGGGGAAGCCCCAUUGCACUGCCUUUGCACUAGCUCAUGCUAGCAUGCUGGGUUAAUUGAAUCUGGGCCUUAGAUCUUAAUCUUGUCCAUAGAACAUAUUCUGUAUAGAAAAAGCCAACCUCAGUUGCUCAUGUUUCCUUUGGAAUCCCAAGUCCAGAAUUUCCAAGAGUAUGAGUUGACUCUGCUGCCUUAAGUCCUCCCUGCACAUAGGUGGCAGUGGAUGGAAUGUUUGUGAUAAUGCUUUGGGUUGUUUUUUUUACUGCCCCAUCCCAUGAAAGAAAAAUUUGGUGGUGUGCACAGCCUUCUUUUCACCAGCAUCAAUGAAAUAAAAAGCAGGCUGCUUUUUGUCCGCUGGCUUGCUCUGAUAAGAACAAAAUCAACGAGGAAUGAAAUAAGGCAGGUCUUUUUUGGAAACAUUUCCAGUUAAAAAGAGGGGAAAUUUGCUUCCUUGUCUUUUAUUGCUAUUUUUGCAGGCUCUAUGGUCAACAAUGCAUGGUGGGAUUUGUAAUCUUUAUGGGCUUUAGCCUCCCUAUAUGACAAGGGCAAAUGUAACCUAGUUUGCCGUUUCUGCAAGUUAGGUUUGGCCUACAAACAGCCAGCAUGAAUCGUGGUCAGGAAAGGUUUGGGGUGCUACUUCCCCUGCCUAGAGCCAACUGCUUGUCCCACAGACACUACAGAGCGCCCCCCCCCCCCUUGCUAAGCAGGAUGACUAUUUCUGAUUGGCCCAGAAUAUGCCGUCCCAGAUGAUGCUCCAGGAUGAAGGAAUGGAGGGGAGACGAACCUCUGUUAAUGUUGCCUUUCUUUAGUACUUUUGUAACAUUUCUCUCUCUGUGGUUUUUCAAUCAGAACAAUAAAGUUACAUUUUAACUGCUGCUA